AUGCUCGUGCCGAAGCUUCCCGUCGUCGCAGCGCUGCUCUGCGGCCUUGCAAACGCUUACCAGUCGACCUUCACUUUACCCGACGACUCCUUGCUCGCUGAAGCCCGCGGGAUCCUGAAACGCCACCCACUCAUCGACGGACACGUCGACCUUCCCUACGUCGCCCGCCACCUCUCCCGGAGACCGCUCGACGUCCUCCCUGAACUCGCAACCGGCCUCGCAGGCCAUGUCGACCUCCCGAAACUGCGUCGAGGAGGCGUAGGAGGCUUGUUCCAUGUCGCGUAUGCUCCCUGCGAUGCGCAACCGACGGGAGAGGACUUCCUCGAGCCGACGAAUGCGGUCGAGUGGGCGCUCGAGAGUGUCGACCUCAUUCAUCGGAUGGUCGAGCAUUAUCCUGAAGAGAUGGCACUCGCUCGGACAGCGGACGAGGUGCGGAGUGCGUUUGCGGAGGGCAAAAUUGCGUCGCUUAUUGGCUUGGAAGGCUCCCAUCACCUGAUGAACUCGCUCGCCAUCCUGCGACUCUUCCAGCAACUUGGCGUGCGAUACCUCACGCUCACGCACACCUGCCACACCUCCUUUGCCUCUUCCGCCGGCGAUGGCUCUCCUAUCGAGCCUGUGCAUGACGGGAAUGGCCUAACUGCAUUUGGCCGCGAACUCGUACCGGAGCUGAACAGGCUCGGCAUGAUGGUCGACCUCUCGCACACCAGUGAUCAGACCAUGCUCGAUGCCCUCGAGCUCAGUGCCGCACCCGUCAUCUUCUCGCACUCCGGCGCGAGAGCGAUCCACGACCAUCCUCGCAACGUCCCGGACGAGGUCCUCAAGCUUAUCGGGCCAGGCGAGAGCCAAAACCACGGCAUCGUGAUGGUCGUCUUCUACCCCUCCUUCAUCGACCCUACGAACGCAACGCACAUCCGCGUCGCGGAUCACAUCGAGUAUAUCGCCACCGUCUGCGGCAAGAAGCAUGUCGGUCUCGGGUCCGACUUUGACGGCAUGCGCUCGAGCGUCGAGGGGCUUGAGGAUGCGUCGAAGUUUCCGAACUUGACUGCAGAGCUGUUGCGACGAGGCUGGACGGAAGACGACCUAGCGGACUUGAUCGGCGGCAACCUCCUUCGCGUGAUGGAAAAAGUCGAGGCGGUCCAGCGCUCUCUCGCCUCGCAGCCUGCCUCUCCAGCCGUGUACGAGAAGCGGACAGAUUUGCCGGUGAUGUGGGCGGGCCCGGGAGGGGAGUAUCUUCCGCAGGACGUGCAGAAUGAGGUGCUCAGGCGCUUCCCGCCGCGCAAGAAGGACGAGUUGUAG